AUGAAGCAGCAAACGAUUCCCUGCGGAGAAUGUCGAGCGAGGCGAAGGAAAUGUGAUCGUAAAAGACCGAUAUGCUCGGGCUGUCUUCAGAAAACACUCCCAUGCCAGUAUGAGUCCGAUGAUCACCAUGCUGCGCAACAAGGCAGCCCGCCACCAGCCGUGUCGGAUUUUGGGGCCGAGCAUUUGCCGUCCACCAGAUCGUCCAGUUUGUUUCGGUCCGAAGAAGAGGAGACGGACGAGGCUUUCCGUACAUACAUCAAUGACCUGAACGCGACAUCGACCAAUUCCAGUCCACGGGCAGCAAACUCAGAGACGAUCGACGUUGACGCCGAUACUGCGAGAAUAUCUGAAUCGCAACACCUAGGUGACUGUGGCGAUGCAGGGGAAUCGCGGAUACGUCCCGAACCGAGGUCUCCCCAUGUUGUAGGAUCGGCUACAACCUCAAGCCCAUGCAAGAGGACCCAAUCCCACACCGUGGUCACCGAACAAGCCGCGCUCGAGAACUUGGGAAUGCAUCAUGAUGCCGACACGUCCCAACCGGCAGCCUUGGAGGGUCGAUUGCCGCGCCAGAGGAGUGUGCCGGUCAACGAGUCAUUGACCCCUGGUACCAAGAAACGGAAACGGGAAACCACAGAACCGGAGGGUGGCAAUGACGAUCCUGACACGCGCGAGUAUCUAUCGACCACCACAAAGUUCAUGUCCGAACUCCGAUAUCUGCGUAGACAAACGAAAAAAUUGGCGGAAUUGAAGGAGAAGAACAAGGAAUUGCAGGAGAGCUUCAAGAAAGUGAGUGAAGAAUGCAAGAAGUUGAAAGGGAAGAACAAAAAAUUGAACACCGAUUACAAGACAUCAGAGGAAAAGAUCCAGAAAUUGAACGAUGACCAUAAGAAGUCAGAGGCAAUUGCCAAGGGCGUGAAUGAAGAUUACAAGAAAUCGCUGGAAGACAUCAAGAAAUUGAAAGAGAAGAUGAAUCUCUGGGCAAACUUGGUACAGACCAGCAUGUGA